UUUAGUUUUGAUGGCGAGAGGAGAGGUGCAGUAUGUGAAAAAAGGAAAGAGUAAAAUAAGAUGGACACAAUGGAAGAAACAGUUGUCCUGCAGAAUCUGUUGAUGUGCAUGGUAUGCUUCUACUCUCUCUACUACGUGGUGGUCAGUCUCUGCAUCGGACUGCUCAGGGUUCAUGAGAUCAACAGCUUGUUGGCUCCAUUUGACUACACAACACAACCGUCAUGGCAGAACCCCAAAUACCUCGUUGGUGUAAUUUCCACAGAGGUGACGUAUGUUUUGGGAGGGCUGGUAUUCGCCUGGAUAGUCGAGGAGUGGGUUUGGGACUACGCCAUAACUGUCACUCUGCUGCACAUCGCCAUGACUGUGGCAGUGAUGUCAGACUUCCCUUCAGCUGAGCACUGGUGGAUAGCUCUGGGUUCAGGCCUGGUGAUGAUGAUAUUUGUAGGACAGCUCAUGGCCCACAAACUCUUCAGAAGCAACUUUGUCUAUCCAGCUGAACUACAGAACUUCUAAUGAACUCAAUGA